GGCGUGCAACACCCCGCAGCGCUUCAAUCCAUUCUCACCUCUGCAAGUAUGCGAUUAGGGCCAGCUCCCAAUUGGCAUGGUACUGCUGCCUCUUUGAACCACGCCGCUGGUGGCUAUCGCUCGGGGUAUUCUGCGCGAAUUAGUUUUUUUCGCACCCCACGAGGGAUUGUCAUGAAUAGCAGUCGAGAUCUGGGCAAGAGGCAGGUCCCCUCAAUCUGAUCUGCGCUCAAAUAUUAUUAUCUAACCCUCUCCAUCUGGUAGAAAUCUCUCUGUAUAUGGGCUGCGACGAGCGGUUCAGAAGGAUAGCAAUCAGAUUCCGUCUUCCCGGGCAAAUGGCGCUAGCCAAUCCCCUCCGACAAUAUCCCACAUUCGAAAUUUCUCCCACAGCCCGAUAGCCAGAUCCAAUUCCAGCAUGGGCCCUGUGCAGCCACCGUCCCACCGAGCAUUCAUUGCUCUCGGGAGCAAUGUCGGGGACCGCGUCGACAUGAUCGAGGCGGCGUGUCUUGAAAUGGACCGGGUGGGCGUCAAGGUCCAGCGCACAAGCUCCCUCUACGAGACGGCGCCCAUGUACGUCCUCGACCAGGAUCCGUUCCUCAAUGGUGUUUGUGAGGUCGAAACCAGCCUGGGCCCGAUGGAGCUAUUAGACACGCUCCAGGGUAUCGAGAUCGCACUUGGGAGGAAGAAGUUGAUCGACAAAGGGCCGCGAUCUAUUGAUUUAGACAUCCUCCUCUACGACCAGCAAGUCUUCUCCAACGAGCGCCUCACCAUCCCACACCAGUUGAUGCUUGAGCGAGAUUUCGUCCUCCGACCUCUGUGCCAGCUCAUUGGGCACGAAGCGCCCCCCUUCCCAGACCACACAACCACCUACGAUUCGCACCUGGCAUCCCUCGCACCGCCGCACCCACCCCCAACAGCAACGACACCCAUCUCACCCACCUUCGGCUCCCUCCACGCCACCGACUCAGCGCGCCCAACACACAUAAUGGCAAUCCUCAACCUCACCCCCGACUCCUUCUCCGACGGCGGCACCCACUCACCGACCGACCUCGCAUCUCUCACAACCACAGUCCGCGACUUCAUCGCCGCAGGCGCCACAAUCAUCGACAUCGGCGGCGAGAGCACUCGCCCGGGCUCGACCCCCGUCAGCGAAGAAGAGGAACUCGCCCGCGUCAUCCCCGCAAUCCGGCACAUCCGGACCACCAUCCCCGAGGCAUCCCCCAUCGCCAUCAGCAUCGACACGUACCGCGCGCGCGUCGCAGCCGAAGCCUGCGCCGCCGGCGCAGACAUAAUCAACGACGUCUCAGCCGGCCAACUCGACCCAGCCAUGCUCUCCACAGCCGCCAAAACCGGCAAAUCCAUCAUCCUGAUGCACAUGCGCGGCACCCCCUCCACAAUGACCAAGCUAACAGACUACCCAAACGGGGUUCUCGCCGACGUCGGCGCCGAGCUGCGCGCCCGCAUCGCCGACGCCGAAGAAGCCGGCAUCCGCCGCUGGCGCAUCAUCCUGGACCCAGGUCUCGGAUUCGCCAAGAACCAGCCGCAAGACCUGGCUCUGCUGCGCGAUUUGCAGGCGCUGCGCACGAGCACGCAUGGACUGCAGGGUCUGCCGUGGCUGAUGGGGCCGAGUCGCAAGCGCUUCAUCGGUAGCUUGACGGGCGUGCGGACGGCGAAGGAGCGCUCUUGGGGUACGGCUGCUACUGUUACGGCUAGUGUUGCUGGGGGUGCGGAUAUCGUGCGCGUGCAUGAUGUGCGUGAGAUGUGGCAGGUUGCGAAGGUGGCGGAUGCGAUUUAUAGGGGGUGAUGUGUGUUUUUUUCGUCUUGGGGUUAU